AUGCCACAACAAGGGAUGUUAAAUUUAGGGGCUGAAAGUUUGGCGAGUAGAGACAGAAUAGGUUCGUGUAGAUUAAGUGAUGCCGUGUCUGCUGAACGAAAUCGAAUCACGACGAGGAAGUUUAUAACUUACAGAGAAGGUUGGAUGUCAGGUCAAGCUCUAAAUUCAAGAAGCUCCCAGGAGCGUAUUGACACGAAUAAGCGAUCGUCGCUUCUGCCUAGCCCAUAUUUUUGGACGAAUCAAAGUGACAAGUGGCAGAUUGAAAGUUAUGACGGCCAAUUUGCCACGGCUGAGACCGAAACUCAUUCUCAAAAUAAUAAACAAGAUCCUGCCAAAUUUCGUAAGUUGCAGGUUAUUCAAGAUAAAAAUUUUACGUCGAAACCUUCAACUUUGUGUUGGAGAGUAAGUGGCGAGCCCUCUAUUACAGAGGAGACAAACAGUGACACUCUCGAUAAAAUUAUUGAAGGCUAUCAAGACGAUGUGAGUUUUAAAGAUAAUCAUCUAGAUGAUUAUCGAGAGGUUUUUAGGGAGCAAAAAUAUAGUCCAUAUCCCAACUUAAAACGGGCUUUGCGAAGGUCUGUGGAUACCUAUAUUUUUAAUUCUUCGAAUAAACUCAGUCACAAGGAUAGAAAACUUAGAAGAGAUACAGUUCCCAGCACUAGAAAUGACGAUCCUGAUUCUGAGAACCUUGUGGAGGAGCAGAAUACCUUGUCGAGUUUACCCGGUGUAACCGAUUGGCACCCAUCGAGACCAGCGCAGCUCAUACCAUUGAAAGGAAUAAAUGGCGUUCGACUAAAUAAGUCUAUAGAGACUGCAAAGUACCAACAAGACAAAAAAAGAAUAGCAAAUGACAGAGCCCCACUAGAGCGAAAUGUUAGUCGCAUGUUACGUCGAGAGAGUUGUUUGAGUUCUUAUAGCUUUAAUAGUACAGUCACAAUACCAGAGCAGCGUCAGGCCGACUUGAACUAUCAAGGAAACAUUGGUAUUUCUGUAAAAAAACAGAAAGCUACAAAUGUUAGGCCACAUUUUCAAACUACUAUGAAUCAAGCUGUACCAGAGUUUUACGACCCAGAGGAACUCUUUUUUUCUCCAAAGCUUGGAGGUCCAGCUGGAGCAUCUCAGAACUUUGAUCUCAAGAUGGAUGAUGACACUACUGAAUGGGAAACUGUUAGAAGUAGUAUUCUUGAUUACUCCGCAGGCUGUUAUGAAAAUUUAACAGGCUGUGAAGCUGUGCAUGGUAGUAUCUUCGCCCCAUCUUCAGGAAACAGUAGAUGCUCUUAUUCAGGAUAUCUCAAUGAAGGAAAGAUAAAACGCUGUGGAGAUAGUAUCGCUGAUGUAUCUGAUAUCGAGGAUGCCCUAGAUGCCUCAAGUACGCGGUGGUCGUCUCACAUUGAAGACGUGCCAAUUAAGAAUGUGCAGCAGAAAGGGGUUUUGCACCCCGAUCUAAGCGAGCGACAGAAUAUAUUUGAAGUAACAGCCUGCCGAAGGCUCAAAAUAAAGGAAAUACUAGCUCGCCUGAACUCGUUUUGUGCGAAAUCGAAAAUUUCGAGCAGCAGCCAUGUACUUAAAAGAAUUUUCCCAUCUUCAUUCAGAAGACCUCUCCAAAAUAGCUCCAAAUUAACGGUAAAAUCUGAGAAUGUAUUUCGGAUCACAGAAUACGAAUUACCAUUCAGAUCUACCUCUAGGUCUAGAAUAGACACUUCUCCUCAGCUACUUGACCAGCAGAAAGAGGCAAGUUAUGAGCAUGAAGUUUUGAAAAAUAAUGAUCCUGAGUUAGGAGGAAUUUUAUCGAAAUUUUCGGACAAUAUAAAAAAUUUUAGCAAUAAUUAUAAUGAGAAUGAAGAAGGGCGGCAGCCAGAUUUUUAUGGUAGUAGAGAGAUGGAAAACCUCACAAAGUAUCCGAAUAUUUCUAGUGAUUCACCGCUGCUUGUCGAUCCCAAUAAGAGUAGUCAAAAUAAGGCUUCGAGUGACUUUUUCCCGAAUAAUUGGGACCAAAAUUCCAGAUUUACAAAAGAAAACUGUAUUCUUGCGCAUCGUAGAGAUAACUCAUGUUUCUCUUACCAUGGAAAGCAUUUUCAAAUCAAAAAACAUGAACAGAUCACUCCUUAUUCCGAGGAGAAUUUCUUGUCAGAAGAUAUAGCAAAACCAACUAUCAAAAUUGAAAGUAAGGCAAAACUUUGUAGUCCAAUCCAUAAACCUGGAGGAUCUGAGAUAAUAAAAACUUCUAAUAUUUCGCAUGAUCCUUUUUUCCGGUCUGGAAAAAAUCGGUAUUCAGUUCAGCAGGCGGAUAGUCUUUUUUAUACACGUAAGUCUUUUCCUGUCGAAGAGGACAUAAGGCCUCCCGAAAAGGCUCGCAUAAAGAACCAAUCAAACCAUAAUCCCUUAUCAGUGACAUCUUUCUUGGAUAAAUGGAGGUUGAUGUACUCUCCAUCCGAAUUUGAGAAGCUCCAGAGAGGAGAAAGCAUUAGGAAUGAUAGAAAUCAAUAUACUGAUGAUAGAAGAUAUGUUAUUGCCAAAGAACAAAAUUCUGCUAUCUGUCAUGGGGGCCGUUCACGACCUACAUCGUUUGCUCCUACAGGUUAUUCUUCGAGACUGAUUUGCCAUGCUGAUAAGAAUAAUAUUGCCUGUAACGGUUUAAACUCUGAUACAGAGCCCUGUUCUUUUAUCUUGUUACUCACUUGCUUCAUACUCUCGCCAAUUUUGCUGCCAAUUUACACAUUAGGAGGUUUUGACCGUUUAAUAUCAUUUUUGACUCAUGGAAAGUCAUUGCGAUGCAGCCAGAAAUACAAACGCUGGGCACUGUGGGCCUGUCUACCCUCGUGGGUUAUCAUAGUAGCCGCAAUUUUAAUUGGCGUUUGGGUUGUCCGCCGAAAAUAG